AUGUCUCUUCCUUGGAAACGCCUAAUCCGCUUCGAGGCCGCUGAUGGCCGUGUCCUGCGUGGAGAGCCUGUGUUGCCCGAAGACAAGGACAUUGAUCUUGGGUUUGUCACCGAAGCUGAUCAGAUUGAAGCGAAGGUGCUUGUCGGAGAUGAUAUCUACGACGUAACAGGAAAUACCAGAUUGACAGCCGAGACGGUAUUGGUCAAGAAGAUCCUCUCGCCUUUGGCCCAGAGCGAUGUGCCUAUCUUGCGUUGCGUUGGUCUGAAUUAUGCUAAGCACAUCAAAGAGGCCGGACGCAAGCCUCCCCCGUUCCCCUUCAUCUUUUUUAAACCCACCACCACAAUCCAUGAUCACGGUGAAGCUGUGGUGAUCCCCAAAAUUGCGCAAAAUGACCAGGCCGACUACGAAGGAGAAUUGUGCAUUGUGAUUGGAAAAGAUGCCAAGGACGUUCCAGUGGAAGAAGCCUUGAAUUAUGUCGCCGCUUAUACUGCCGGAAACGACGUUUCCUCCAGAAAGCUUCAGAGAGACCCUGCCUAUGCUGGUGUGGUUCCUCAGUGGGGCUUCUCUAAAGGCUUCGAUACCUUUGCCCCUCUCGGCCCGGUGUUAGUUGCUGCCUCCGAGAUCGCAGACCCAAGCCUGCUACAAUUAAAGACCAUUAUUGAUGGUGAAGUCCGUCAAGAGGAGGGCGUCUCCGACCUUCUGUUCGAUUGCAAGUAUUUGAUCUCGUAUUUGUCCCAGGGUACUACUCUUCAGAAGGGCAGCGUCAUCAUGACUGGAACCCCCGGUGGUGUGGGUGCGGGCUUGAACCCUCCAAAGUACUUGAUACCAGGAACCCAGAUGGAUGUUUUCAUUUCACAGAUUGGCACAUUGCGGAAUAACGUUGUAUUUGCUUAG